CUGACCGUAAGGUAUUCCAAAAUGACCAUUCGAAUAAAAUUUGGCUGUGCACACAUGGAAAUAGUGUGGCCGUAACAGUAAACACGAGGUUUAGACAUCAACGGCUCAGCGGUCUUUACCAUCUCGUUUACGAUGUAUUUCUAAACACCGGCAGUCGUGGUCGUAAGAUACUCGACCGGCAGUGAAUGCAAUCGGUGACUCUACUGGCAUAGCUCACUCCGGGCGCACGCCUCUACACACACUGAUGUUAUCUUAAAUAACAGAUGUCUUCGAAAGUGAGUUUGUUUGUUUGAGUGAUUCCACCGCCGAACAGGAUACGCGCGACGAACCGUUGUGUUAUGAAAUGUGAAUUCUGUGUACAAAGUGAUAAAAGCCAAGUUGGAUCGUGUGGAAAUAUUGUUUGAAUCCCGAUGAAGUUUCACGUGUAACGUUAGCGCUGCUGGCAAUUGGUACAACGAAAAUCUGUCGCCAUGGAGACGGAAGAACUCACGAAGCUCGUCGAUGGAAUAUACAAGAAUAUCCUGGAUAAAUUUAAUCCGGGUGCCCGGCAGAUGAUAACGGCUGGAAAGGCGUAUCUGAAAGCUUUGCACGGAGCUGCGGCGGCAUCCAGAUUAUAUGUGGACGCGGUAGGAAAACUAGGAAGGCAAGCGCAGCAAGGCACAUGGGGAGGAUGCGCCGACAUCGGUACUGCUCUGAUGAAAGUGGUGGAGGUCUAUCGAGAAAUACAAGAUCAACAAAUGAAUAUUCUGAAGGCGUUUUAUGUGGACUUACUCGUGCCCUUGGAAACUAAUCUGGAGAAAGAUACUAAAGUAGUGCAGUCGGAACAAAAACGUUUCUUACAACAACACAAGUUGCGAUCAGAGAGCUACAGCAAAGCUGCUGCUACAAUAAAAAAGCAGCGCAAGAAGAAGACCAAUGUCACCAAAGUCGGUACCGCUAUGGACAAAGAAAUGAAGAACAUGCAAAUAUUGGAAGAGGAAAAGACAAAAUUGGAUGCGUUUUGUGAACAAAGCUUGAAGAAUGCGAUGACCCAAGAACGCCGCCGGUACGGUUUCGUCCUCGAAAGGCAGUGCUCUCUCGCUAAGCACUGGCUGGCUUACCACAGCGCCGGGGCGGCCUCCUACAACGCCGGCUUGGAGGAAUGGCUCGAAGUGUCCAGGAGUAGGGAGUAUCUGCCGCCCAACGUGGAAGCUAUGUUCAUCAGCAGAAUGAGGCAAGUGUCUUUCUGGGCCGAUGAAGACGUGUACGCAAGUCCAAGAGCUGGUGACGAUGACGACCGAGCGUCCGUGGGUUCGGCCUUGAGGAAGACUCGUUCAGUGGACGCUUCAUGCCUCGACGUCCGGUCUAUCGCAGACUUGGGGUCACCCGCUCAAGGUCUGUCAAGAGCGAAAUCCGACUUUAAUCUGCAAGCGAGCACUCUCACCGAUGAACCAGAUACCGAUGCCCGUACUGCUACCCGUCCGUCCUCUCUCGCCCCUCCGACGUGCACUAGCCGCGACCCGCCAUUAGCCCGCGCCCUAUACGCUUACGCAGCCGCUGGCGACAACCAGCUCAGCUUCCAGCAAGGCGAUAUGCUCGCACUGCUAGGAGAACGAACCAAGGGAUGGCAGUACGGCGAGAACCUCCGUUCCCAUCAAGCUGGCUGGUUCCCGUUGGCUUACACCGAGCCCAUUACUACUGAUGAAAUAAUUGGCAGCUCCCCCGCCCGCUGGAGUUGCGCGCAGACCCCGAACGAGGGGCCGCCGCCUGCGCCUGUCGCGCACGCGCAGACCACGCCGAGCACGCCGUCGGUACACGCGCACCCGCCUACCAGGAUGUUCGGCGACACUGUCACUGCGCAUCACGUUAACAAGGGUCGCCUAGGGAGCGGGUCGCCGGGGCUCCCACCUACUCUGCCAGCGCCAUCGCCAAGCGCUCUCAGCUCAUCAGCUAGCGCCACUUUCCACGCAUCCACACCAGCCUCGGCCCCCGGAAACGCCAUCAAGAACUCAACGUCAGCUGCUAGUUUCACGACACAUGCUAUUAUUGAAACCCGUAGCUUUGGACCCCAAACUCUCCCUAUGCGCCAGGCGACACAGAACAAAGCAGGCCCAGCUAAAACAGUAGUAUCAGCUGUAGGUGCUGUCGGUAAUGUCUCGCUACACAGCUCCAACGACUCAGGCUUCUCAAAUGAACCUCCUCCUCAACCUGAUGUUGAUUACAGUGAUGAAGAAGCUCAAAGACUACGUGUGCCUAUAAGUAAAUCUGCUCAACAAAACAACGAACAUAGAGCUUACAUGCUUAAAACUCAAAGCUUGAGACGUGGACCGAAGCCAAACAGUCAGGCAACCAAUGGAUAUUUAACAGAUGAUCAACAAAUAAUGCUUCGUAGCAUGCUAGAUAUGGAUAAAGAUUCGCAAAAAGUUAAACGAACCAAAUCUUUUUGGAAGUUUGGUCGUACAACAUCUGAAGAAAUAAUGGAGGGAAUGUCACUUUGGCAGCAUCGUGACAUCGUCGAUACGGUACCUGAAUACAAAAAGAAAUUAUUUGUAAAGAUGAAAAAAGAACUAAGACCAGCUCCAGAUAUACCUGAAACGCGUAAUCCUGCUAGUCCAGAGAAAUCUCCUCCACCGGAUAACGUACAGAUACGUCCAAAGGAAACAAUAGAUCGAAAAGAGGUUAAAACUGUUAACGGCAUACGUCAAGCGAGAAGCUUAGGUUCAAUCCAAAGUGAAGAAAAUCAGGAUAAGCCUAGAAAAGGAAAUGAAAUGUACAACCCACAGCAGCAAAACAAAGUCAUGAAUAAGAAAAGCAUGUCUGAAAAAUCUAUUGUAGAAGAGAAACAGGAAGAUUUUAUUCCUAGAAAUGAAUCCAGGCAUUCUGAUUUAACAAAUACCAGCACCAUCAAAACAAACUUUGAAAAUAGCUUUUACAAUGACGAAAACGGCGAAGGUUUUGUUAUGAAAACAGUAAAGCGCAGAGAAAUUCUACAAAGAUAUGACAAUGACAGCAGUUCUGAUGUCAAUUCUGUUGCUUCGAGUACUGAUCCUUAUGACUGCAUUAUAGUUGAUGAUCAUAUGACUUCAAGGAAGCAACAAGAACUUGACAGACGUAGACAAGCUGAAAUGAUGGAAGAUGAAGUAAAAAAACGAAAGGAGAAUGCCUAUAUGCCUGAGUUUGAAGAAAUCGAAGUUACUCCCAUAAAACCACAUGUUCGUGCUACUUUAUCCUCCGAAAAGGUCAAAAAACCAUCGCAUGAGAGAACUCCACCGAAAGCUAUGGAAUUCAAAACUUUUAAAGACAGUUCUAAAGAAGUCAAGGCCUUUUCUGCUUCUUCAGAAACAUUGAAGUACAAAGAUGACCAACAAACAGAUCGCUAUGGAAUUCCUACUGAACGUAACAAUAACGAAAUCCGUGAUGAUGAUGCUUAUAACGGACAUGACGAAGGAACUCUUAAAUAUAAAAAGCGUUCAAGCAAAGAAGAAAAAAGUCGUAAUCAGAAUAUCAUGGAAAAUGGAAAGAACUAUAAGAGAGAAUAUCCCCAAGCAGAAGCAAGGUCACCCAAAAAAGAGGUUAGGCCUUAUGAAAAUAGAGAACCACGUAUCGACUAUUCAUUAGACAGGCGCCAAAUGAGAAAAGAGUUUACUGAAAAAACAAGGACACAAGAAACAAGAAGUAAAAGUAGAGCGAAUAGGAGUUAUGAUGAUAGUACAUUACCUUACAAUGGUCGUAGAGACGAAAGAUAUUAUGAGUCCAACAUUUCAUACUUCAGUGACCAGGAACGUCGAGUUUCUCGUUACGAUUACGAAACCGAUUCAAAAAAGGCAGAAAAGUCUAAAAUUCGCUUAGAAGAAGCAAAGUUGGAAGCUAGACGAUUCAUUGAUCGUAGGAGUGAAGGCCCGUACAGCGAGUCUGAUGACCAGAAAUUUAAUGAGGCGUUGAAACAACAAAGGCCGCAGCUAUUGCCUCGUACAAAAUUAUUGAAACGAACGGCAGAUGGGAACGAAUUACCCGAAGAAGGACAUACAUUUGGGCCAUGGUAUGAUUUAUGGGGCCGCGAAACGGCAGUCUACAAAUAAAAUUUAAUUAGUAUUUAGUUUUUCAACGAAAUUGUGUUUAUUUUUCGAUAUUCUAUAAGCAUGUUGUUAUUCAUUUCUUCAGUUUUAUUGCUACUUAUAGUGUUUAUGUUUUGCCUUUUAUUAAACGGAACACAUAACAUGUAAAUAGGAACACGUUGUCGAUUGUUUAUAAAGCUAGUAUUGCCGAAAUUAUAAAUUCUUAAGACAUUAUUAAUAUUGCUGCUAAUGAAUUAUAAAUUAAUGACAUAGUUAACUUUAGCUUGUUAGAAAUAUUACAAACAAUUAAAUAAUAAUAAACAUUUAAACAAAUUAACAUUGUUGAUGUAUUCGGAUAUACAAUUCGUUUUUGUUAAUUUAGUUGUUGAAAUGGAGAAUCGAAUUUAUUUUAUAUGAAAAGAACGAGCAUUAGAUAGUGAUAUUUAAAUGUGUAGUAUACUUGUAUUCUAACAAUAUAUUUGUAACCGCACACAGGCCGCAGCAGUUUGCCACAGUUAAGCUACGGAAGACAUUAACAAACGAUAGGUCUUCGCCCGCCAUCGAGUAAUGUUUUAUAUAUACUUAAUAAUGAUUUUAUAUUAUUAUUUUGUUAAUUAAUAUUAAAUGUACAUUAGAUAUACCGUGUAUUUUGUACAGUUAAAUAUUCAUAGUUUAACAAAGAUUAUAUCACAAUUUUUACAUUAAUGGAUUAUGGUGUUUUCUUUCAUUGCUUCUUUAUAAUAUUUUGAGUUGUACGAGAGGACUA